CGCUGGGGCAUCGGGGGGUGCGCAGAAACACGCAAGGCGAGGAGGGGCCCCGGGUCCUUGGCAGGAAAUGGCUCUGCGGCUGUUGCUCCGGCAGGGCCGCUCUUUCGUGUCCGCCGGCGGACAAGCCAGCUCAGCUUUUCUACACAGUUCUUUGGGAAGUAAUACCUCUAGUGCAAAACGAACUACUGAAUCCACCAAGCAACCACUUAAGAAGCCAGUAACACCAGUAGGUCGUUUUGAUACACCAGAAGAAUCAAAUGUAGAAAAGGAGCCACUAGAAAAAUUUUCCGAUGAUAUCAAUCCAAUGACAAAAGAGAAGGGUGGUCCCAGAGGCCCUGAACCAACUCGUUAUGGAGACUGGGAACGAAAAGGACGCUGCAUUGAUUUUUAACUUCUUUUUGGGGGAGAAUGACAUUUGAGUGAAAAUAAAACCAUUGUUUGGGGGGAGGGGAAACACCACUUUACCUACAAACAACCAAAAUCUUCGCAUUUAUCUGUAACAAAGUGUCAUAUUUGUAGUAUUUAACUAGAAUCUCUGUGAAUAUGUAUGGGUAAAUAUAGUGAAAUUGCAUUUUAAUAAACCAAUUUGUAUAGGUUCUCCACUGUUGAGUUGGGUGAUGGCUAUGACAUUAUUAAAAAAGAUGUAAAACUCUACAUGAGAAAGUCUGGUAAAAGUAGAGUUUAUGGGUUUUCAAAGUGAGUAUUUUGACGUUUUGGUGAAGUUCCACAAUGGUGAUAGAAAUACAAUAGAAUUUUAUUGCUGUUGCAAUAUUAAACAUACUUAUU